UCCGGUGGCUGCUGGGGAACCCGCGCUUGGUGCGAGGUCGCUGCUCUCUGCCGUCCUGAGCGGGAGCCCGCGCGCGGCGAGUUCUCAGGUGAAAAAUUAAGUGUUGGAGCUGAGUCUAAUGUUAAAUAAUGGCAACAGGUGACUUAAAAAGAAGCUUACGGAAACUAGAACAAGCACUUCGCUCGUUAAAUUAUCCUAAAGAGGUGGAUUAUGUUGGUUUGAUAAAAGGAGACACAGCAGCAGUUUUGCCCAUCAUCAGCUAUUCUCUUACCUCAUACUCUCCCUACGUAACAGAACAUCUCAUGGAAUGCAAUGUAGAGCUCAUAGCAAAGAAUGACCUACGCUUUACAGAUACUGUCUUUAAGUCUUUUUCCUCUUUACAGCUUCUUCGUGAUCAAUUUGAUUAUAAACCAAUUUUGACGAAAAAGCAAUUUAUGCAACAUGGGUUUGCAGAAUGGAAAAUUGAGAUUAUUUGUGAUAUUUUGAGUUGUGUGAUGAAAAAGCACAAGGAAUUGUCUCGUGUUGAUAAGAAACCUUCACAACCAAAAAAGAAAAUUUCUGCUCACUCAGAACCUUCAUCAAGCAAUGAGAGAACACCUGCCAAACCUGUUGACAUUGAUGUCACUGGCAGAUUGAUGACUUCAGGAAAGAAGAAAGCUCUGGUGAUUCGCCACCUGUAUAAUGAAAAUGAUGUUAACAUUCCUGAAGAUACAGAAAACUCAGUCACAGAUGAUAAUGAAAUAUGUGAUGUGUCAGACUUAAAGGCUUCUGCAGUAAAGGUUACUGAAGCACAGGUCUCUGAAACCAAGGCUGAGGAGGAAGGCAUAAAAAGUAAUCGCGAGAUUACUGCACUACAAACUAUGCUUGCGGAAUGUCAAGAAAAGCUUACUAAGUUGUCUUGCAUAGAGAAAAGGCUGGACUGUUUGGAAGAAGCAAUGAAAGGAAAAGUGAUAGUAGAUGAAAAGACCUGGACCAAUCUUCUAAGUCGGAUCACUCUUCUUGAAACAGAAAUGCUUUUGUCUAAAAAGAAUGAAUAUGUAGAGGUUAAUGCAGUGAGUGACAACUAUACUUCCAGUGGUAACAUAGAUCUGGUGACUCUUGAUGGAAAAAUCAAAAUGGAGAGGCCAGCAAAUAUUCCUCUGUCCUCUGGUUAUAAUACACAGUCGCCAGAUUCAACCCCCAGAACCUCGACUAUUAAUUACUGUGGUUUGAAAGAUAUCUCAGAGGAAACAACAAUCCAGAAAAUGGAAAGGAUGAAAAAAAUGUUUGAAGAAACUGCAGAGUUAUUAAAAUGCCCAAGUCACUAAAUGUAGAAUUUUCUGCAUGAACAUCUGUAGGACUUUGACUACUGUACAUGUUGUAUAUUUUAAGAACUUUCUGUGUAGUUGUAAUAUAUUAUAAUAUUUUAUUAAGAAUUUGUAUCCAUUUGGUAUAUGAGUUUUUCCAUUCAUUAUUGAAUAAAUACUUUAGUAUUUUUGAGCUAUUCUUAUACUAAUUUACUCUCUCCCUUUUCUUAGGAAAAACUUAUGGUCUAGUACAUUGCUUUUACAGAAUGAAGUCAUUACAACAAGCACUGUAUUUUUGUGUUGACAUUUGUUGGCAGUGUGCUAAGUAAUAUGUUUUUUAAAGUACAGGCUUGAGGAUCAUAGUUUACAUCCUGUUGGAAGCGUUCCAGCUAGGACUUGCAUAUUGUACCCCAGAGGCUCAGACGUACCGUCUUGCCAUCUGUGCUGAUGAGUAAGUUGUAGUGAAGUCAGAAGCACUCAUUGACGAAUAAAACAAAAGCACGGCUAUUUCAUGCUCAGUCAAAAAGUAGUAAUAUUAACACUGAGAAAGUAAGGCUGGAGUUCUUUUGUGGUGAAACAGGUCCGCAGAUUCACUGUGAGAAAUGGAGUAAUUCAGUGCUGUGCUCUGUAGCACGUUUUAGGAGCAGCAGCGCAGACACCCCUGUGGGCAGCCGGGGUUUGCGGAUGCACGGAGGUUUCCCGUUCUGUUUUAGUGAGAAGAAAUUGUAAAAAUUUUCUGAGAGAGAAAGCCUUAGAGGAAAGUAAAUAAGGAGACAAUUAAAUUCAUUUUAAAUUUUUCUAUGUAAACGUCUUUUUCUAACUUUGUAAAUAAAAAUAUAAUAAUCUUGGGAAAUCAAGAAAAUUGACUAUUCCUGUGAGAAUAAAGCACUUUUCUUUCUUAUGAUCACAUGAUUAUAUUUUAUUUAUUCAUCUGUAUCUAUUAUGUGUAAUUCAACAUUGCAAAUAUAAAAUAUUUAAGAUACAGGUAAA